CCCCCUGGCGGCCCGUUCCUGCUGCGCAUGCUCGGCGCCAGCGGCCGGCGGGGACCCAGCACACCUGAGCGUCCGCAGCUCGGCCUGGCACCCCAGCCUGGGCGUCCCGCGUCCGGCCAUGACGGCACACUCCUUCGCCCUCCCGGUCAUCAUCUUCACCACGUUCUGGGGCCUCAUCGGCAUCGCCGGGCCCUGGUUCGUGCCGAAAGGACCCAACCGCGGAGUCAUUAUCACCAUGCUGGUGGCCACGGCUGUCUGCUGUUACCUCUUCUGGCUCAUCACCAUCCUGGCUCAGCUGAACCCCCUCUUUGGGCCGCAGCUGAAGAAUGAGACCAUCUGGUACGUGCGCUUCCUGUGGGAGUGACCGCCGCCGCUUUGGCCCCAGGUGCCCCAGUUCUCUGGAUGACUUUGGCUGUACUGUCCCUGAUGACCCCUUUGUCCCCACCUUCACAGCUGUAUCUGAGUCCCUCCAUGCUUCCCACCCCAGGAUCUGUCUGGUUUGGGGACCUCCUGCCUUCUCCAUCCAAUCUGGGCCUUGGGAAGCCCCAAGUUCAGAGUCAGGCUGGAGCAGAAGCUAUCCAGCCCUCAAACUCCCCCUGCCCCUCCCAAGUAGAUCCCGGCCAGGAGCUGACGGGGGGUGGGGGGACCUUUCUCUUACAAAUGUGGCAGCCCCAGAAAGGGCAUGUGUUCUAUGGAGAAGGGGGUCCAGCCUGGGAGGCGGGACCAGAGAGGAAGCCCUGGGUGGGGAGUCAGCUGGUCCUCAUCAGCUCUGCCACAGUCCUGCCCUGUGAUCCCAGGAAGCAUCUCUGCCUCUGUGGGCCUCCUCACCUCCUCACCCUGUGAGAUGGACGGAGGGCGUCCCAGAGGUCUUCCCUGGGAUUCUGUAAUUUUCAGACACUUACAGAUAUGGAAUUCCCUAAGAAAGUUGAAGUAAUGGAAAAACAUUCACACACAAAAAACAACAUAGUAAUUUGGGUCAGGAUUGAAAGCUGUAUGUUUACUUAGCAUUCUUUGUAGUUAUAAAGUCGCUUAAAUGGGCUUGCUCAGAAAGCUGUAUCUCCUUAGAAUAUCCUGUUCCAUCUUCCUUCCCUAUCUUGGCUCCUCCUCUGUGGAUAAGCUCCCUGCAGCCUGGAGGGCUCAGUCUGGGCACAGGCCCAGGACUGGAUUCCAUCCUUUGACUACAGUGGGGUGAGUUUCAGAGCCCCCCUCAUAGUAGCAGCUAGGUCACCCGGAGUUAGGGAGGAUGAACCUGGAGUUGGGGAGAGAUAGAUGCAGGUGAGGUUUGGCGGCACUGGGCCACUGGGUCCAUCCUGGCCCCUGUCCACUCCUGCUCUGGGAGCACCUGGCCUGACAAGGCAUGGAAAGCAGAAUGUGCAGGAAUCAGAUGAGAGGGAACCCAGGACCCCUGCCCAUACUCUCCCUCCUCCCAAGAGAAUUGAGGCUGAGACCUCAGGCAUUUGCCCAUGUCCCAGAACUAACUGGGGUCCCCUGAUCUGCCACGCUGCCUCCCUGGGGGAAGACACCAAUCUCCAAUAUUUGUUGAGCGUAUUUAUUUAAUAUUCUAUUUAGCGGGCAUUGUCUUUGGAACAGUGGUAGAAUGUGCUAUGUCUCACCUAGAUUUCUUGGUUCUGGGCUUGGCCUGUUGCUCAGAGCUCCCAACUGGGGCUUCCCUUUGACAUGCCAGCUCACCGCACCCCCUUUCAAACUCCCUUCCUGUCCUGACCCUCUGUGCCCCUCCUGGAGAGGGGGGGCUGUGGAGUGUGGAUUGUACUGAAAACCUGAUCCAUGACUAAUGAGCGGCAGCUAAGUCCUGGCUGAGGCCACGCUUGCUGGCCGCUGCCCCCCUGUCCACCCAGUUCGCAUGUGCUCAGUGGGUGGAUUUGGGGCACGGGAGAGACCGGCAGCCGCUUGGAGCCGCAGUUCUGGAUCGUGGACACUGAAAACUACAUUCUCCUGAGACCAGAAGGAGAAUACAGCCGUCCCAGGUUCUGCCCAGAAGCAGUUCCGGCAGGAGAAGGAAGAUGAUUGUUCCAGUGGAAGUCUGACCGGCCUCUUCUGUGCCCCAGAUACAGAGAGCACGGCGCCUGAGGGUGAGCAAUAAAGCAGGCCCCCCAAGUCUCCAGAGCGUGUCCUGCCUCAU